AUAAGCAGCAAGCAGCUUCUGGGUUUUGCUUUCAAGCGCACUCCUGCUGAAUCGCUGUGAGUGAGUGUGUAUAUGUGUGUGUGUGUGUGUGUGUGUGUGUGUAUGUGUGGGGCGUUCACUCUUUCUCCUGCCACAGUAGCAACACAUUACGCAGCAGCGUCGGCCCCGAACAAAAGGCUAAACGCAGCAGAGCAACAGGAGGGGAAACUCAGGGAUAGAAGCAGGCAGAGUGGCCCAGCGUGACUGCACUUCUCAGGGAGGAACUCAACCUGCCGUCCCUGGAGUGGAGACAGGACGGUACACUUGACCAGCCCAGGCUGACUGUCUGUCUCUGUGUCAGAGCUGAGGAGCACACCCUCUCACUUGACAGCCUUGUAUUUCACUUUGCCUUUCAUUCACACCCCCCACCUCAGUCUCUGUCAUCCUUUAACUGAGACUCCUGCACCUGCCCUCCUUCACCCCCCCGGGGUCGUCCUCACUUUUUCGUCCACCUGUCCCAUCUGAGAUGUCAGACGAUGACUGCCGCUCGCCUAUUGGCCUGGACUGUUGCAGUUGCUGCCUGGACCUGGCCAACGGCUGUGAAGACUCCAUGUCUGGCAGUCCAGCUCGGGGCCUUGGUACUGCUGGGGGCCUGCCGGGGAGCCCCACCAGCCCCAGCGUCAAUCACUUCCGCCAGCUACGCAACCAGCUGAUGUACCAGAACCUGAACACGGACAAGCUGAACAACAUCAUGAGGCAGGACUCCCUGGAUUCAGUGGUGAGGGACCCCUGCUUCCUUCUCAAUGAGGGGAUCUGCAACAGCAACAUUGACCAGACCAUGCUGUCCAUACUGCUCUUCUUCCACAGUGCCUCUGGUGCUAGCGUUGUGGCCAUCGACAACAAGAUUGAGCAGGCGAUGGAUCUUGUCAAGAACCACCUGAUGUACGCCGUGCGUGAGGAGGUGGAGAUCCUCAAAGAGCAGAUCAAAGAGCUGGCGGAGAAGAACAACCAGCUCGAGAGGGAGAACUACCUGCUGAAGAACCUGGCCAGUCCAGAGCAGCUGGAGAAGUUCCAGUCUCGCAUCCCGACAGAUGUGCUCCUGGAUAAUCAGAGCGCCCAGGUGACCCAGGACCAGCAGCAGCAGCAGCAGCAGCAGCAGCAGCAGCAACAGCAGACCUGCAACCACAGCUCUGGCUCUGCUGUAUAAGUGGCUCUGCCUUGGGGCGGGCAGAGCCACUGUCUCCUUACAGUAAUGGACCUCCAUUUCAAUGAAAGUGUUACAAAUUCGCCGCCGAGAGCUCCUUCGAAAAACAACGAAGGUGAAGCAUCGGGGCUGUAAAUGACCGAUGGGACACAAAAGAACUGCUGACACUGAUAAGCACAAAACAGAACUUAAGAACGCUCUGACCGGUGCGGUGUCAGGCCCGUCCUCUUGAUACCGUCCAACUCUUUGUCGUAGUCUCUCUUUGUAGACAAAAGCGCUAAGAAUAGAGAGAGGGCUGACUAGUCACUGAAGAGCGCUUGCUUUCAGACAGAGGGGUGGGGUGUGGGGGGUUUUCCCCUGUCUGGCCGAACCCUUCCAACAAAACACCUUUUGCUCCAGAGAGGUGGGGUGAAGAGGUGUUGAUCGGGCUGGCCCUUGCAGGUGCUAACUCGGAAAGUGUUGAUGGUAGGGGUGGCGCGGGUGAGUUUUGCUCCCCUCGCUCGCCUGGAGGAGACCUGGUCCGAGACUGGUUCCCCCAAGUCUCGAUGAGAGAGAGAGAGAGAGAGAGCCCCAUCAUGCGGAUUUGUCCCAUCUCAAAGUACAAGUUUCAAGGACUCCCACUCAGCCACUCAUUUCAGCCGCAUCACCAGGACUUUUCCUGUACCUACAAUGUAUUACUCGUGUUCAUGUACAUUUGUUCAUGCCUAACAAGAAUAAUCAACAGGAUAAGCUAAGGCAAGAGAGGUGGAGGUUAAUGCAGCAUAGCCUGUUAGUGCUGGUGGACCGCUGCAGUAGACUGAUCACUAUACUGUCAUGAUUCAGAAAAUGUAAUCCUGUGUUGUCUGCAGUUGGGGCUUGCUGCUUCUGGGGGAAAUUAAUCCUGCUAUAUCUUCUGUUUUUGUUUCUGAUUCUGAACAAAAAUCAGUUGUUGUAAAAUAGGAGCUUUGUACAGUGGUCUUAAAAGAUUUUUUUUUUUUUGUAUGCUAUGGCGACAGGCGUAGCUGCCCAACUUGUUUGCCUGGAGCUCUUCACAGUAAAGGAUAACUACAGUGUACAUAAAACUGAAACGUCCUGAGGUAUGUUGUGGAGAUGGUGAGCAAGCAGACCCCCUGCAUUUCUCGCUGCACAUGCACUCCAGACUUUAGCAGCGUCAUCCAGCAUGUGGUCCGUUCAGUGCUCAGAUGCCAACUUGAAAACGAUGGCAUGACAACAGUGCCUGUCUGUAGUAAGAGAAGAACAUGUUUCCAUGUUGAACUCUGUUGUUGUUGUUCUCUAGCUACCAAAGACUUUGCCUAUUGUUUUGUUUUUUUUCCAACAACAACAGAGGCGGAGCAAAACCAGGACCAUGUGUAAAACUUCACAGGGAGAAGUCUCGUUUGUAGCUAGUGCUAAAGUUUCUAUGUAAUUUGUAAAGAUAACGGUAUUGUUGCUGUACAGUAUCCUGGAAACGGUUGUUGACUGUGGUGUUUGGAUACGACUGCACAUUUGCAAUAAACCUUAUGUUUACAUAAUACAGUA